AUGACGACAACCGGGUCCAACACUACUAUAUCAGCCACGACAGACACACCCCUGCGCGGGACUGGAGUGCGAUAUGCGCCCACACCUCUCCAUCCUACAGCGCGUGGCAACAUUCGAACGAACUUUAAGAGUUUUCACGAGGUCGCAACUAUCGUGGUUGGUGGACAGCAUGCACCAGACUCGGUAGCACGUAGCCAAGGGCAAACAACUUACACCAUUCACAAAGAUCUUCUGACAGCCGAGUCGCCCUUCUUCUCAGCCGCACUCAACGGCGCCUUUGCCGAAGGCCUUGAUCAAACUGUGCAUCUUCCCGAGGAAAAGCCAGAGAUCUUCGAGUGGUUCUUGUGGUGGCUGUACACGGGCUCGCUCACCACACCUACGUCCACAAACUGCAGUGUUGAACCAAGACAUCACAGACUCCGUGCCAUGGAUGCCAUGCUGGGGUUCCCAGGUCAGGGACUGCCACAGCACGUAACACACACAGAUGGAGAUCUGCGCAAUUCAGCCGGCUCGCCCAAGUACUUCCUACUACUUGAUCUUUACGCUUUGUCAGACAAGCUCAUGACAACCACACUCUGUAACCACGUUGUCGACACGAUAGCACGACUGUCCGAGAGCACUAACUCGGUACCCACUCCAUCAGACACAUGGAUCCUUUACGAUACGAUCCGUGACAAUGCGCCAAUGCGCAAGCUGAUACUCGAUCUCUUCGCCUACAAGAAGACAGACAAGUUGCUCGAGAGCCACAAAGACGAAUGGCACCCGCGCUUCCUCCGAGAGCUGGUUGUCAAGCUCAAGCGACCUGGACUCGAGUCGCUGGACAGACAUUCAUUGGCGCCGUGGCGACCUAUCAGCUGGCAAAAGACAAAGGCGUGUGAAGCCUGCAGGNAGUUGCUCACGCCUGGUAUCAGCAGCGAGAAAUGCGAGAUUUGCGAAAGAGCUUUCUGCUGUGGAUGUGCCAGUGCGGGCAGAACACCUGGGCUUGGAGGAGAUGUGGGAGCUUGCAAGCCGUGGUUGAAGGGUAUGUGCUCGGGAUACCAUGAGCAUGCGCCUGGCGAGGAUGAUUUGAAGAGAUGUGGUAGAUGA